AUGUAUUUAUUCCUCUGUAAUCUGUGUUUUAAUGGGAUCAUUGGUUCUUCAGCUUUCUAUCCAAAGAUACUUUUUGACAUUUUAUUAGACACUCAUGUGAUAACAUACAAUGGGUGUCUAACCCAGAUAUUUCUCACUGUUUUCUAUAUUUAUUUUGAAUGUACUAACUUAACAGUGAUGGCUUAUGACAGAUAUGUUGCCAUCUGCAAGCCUCUACACUACCACUCCAUUAUGACGAUUAGAAAAGUGUGGACACUGAUUUUUCUAACUUUGCUUUUAUCAUGUCUGGAAUGUAGCAUUGGUUUGGUACUAUUAGCUAGGUUACCCCUCUGUGGUGUUGACAUUGAUAAACUCUACUGCUCAAACUGGGCGGUGUUGAAGCUGUCAUGCGUUGACACCAUUCUGAACAAUAACUACAGCAUCAUUGAAAGUGACCUCUGA